AUACCCAUCUCUCCGUGUUCGAAAUUGGAAUGCUAGUUUGAAUAAUAAACACGGAAUAAAACGAUGGCGACACCUACGCAACUACGGUACCGUAUCGUCGAGCAGCGACUCGUCGCGCCUCUCCGCUCCAGCUGCCUGCAUAUGUAACCAAUCACUCAGCAGCUUGCCUGUUUCGUACUAUGGUUUCGCGUUCUUUACCAACAACUCGCGUCCCUACGUGUUGUACGGGUUAUUUUCUGUUUAUGGAUUUUCGCCCUCGGCGACAGGGGUUUUGCUGAGAUUCUUUCUGUAUCUCUCAAAUAAACCAUGUCAAAAAAUAAACUCCACCAUCGCGUGGACAACGGCAUCGUCGAGGUGAAGAGUAAGUUUGAUGCUGAAUUCAGAAGAUUCUCGCUGAACAGAAAUGAAACAAUUCGAUAUGAGGACUUUAAAAAUCUUCUGGCGAAGUUGCACCAAUUGGAUGCAGAUUUUAGUUUUUUAAUCUCAUACACGGAUCCGAGAGAUGGAGAUCUACUCCCUAUAAACAACGAUGAUAAUUUGGGUAGAGCACUGCUUACUGCUAAGCCAGUCCUCAGAAUCAUCAUUCAACGCAAAGGGGAUAGUCUGGAGGAAAUGAAUGGAUAUGGAACCAUGAAACCGCGGAAUUUAAUAUCAAGUAUCUUAGGUGGAACACCUGGGAAACCAAAAUCGUUGGCAAUAUCGAAUCCCCAUGAUUUCAGACAGGUUUCGGCUAUCAUCGAUGUGGAUAUUUUACCAGAGACGUGCCGACGUGUUCGGCUUUUGAAGCACGGUUCAGAUAAGCCUCUUGGUUUUUACAUCAGAGAUGGGAGUAGUGUGAGAGUAUUACCCCCUUCAGCUGGUGGAGGAAUUGAGAAAGUACCAGGAAUAUUUAUCAGCAGAUUGGUUCCUGGCGGUCUUGCUGAAAGUACAGGCCUUCUUGCAGUGAAUGACGAAGUGCUGGAAGUGAACGGAAUAGAAGUAGCUGGAAAAACUCUAGAUCAGGUAACGGAUAUGAUGGUGGCAAAUUCAUCAAAUCUGAUAAUAACGGUGAAGCCAGCCAAUCAGCGAGGUGCCUUAGCAGCCCCAAGACGUGGCUCAUUCUCUCGUAACAGUCAACUUUCGUCGGGCAGCCAGCAAUCAAUGCAGAGCGCAGCAACUGGCAGCGAUGAAGAUGCUGAUGAAAUUGUAGACUUAACUGGAGUAACACUACAUGAUGAUGCAUCAACUUCGCAUCAUCAACACCCACAUCACCACCACCACCACCAUCACAAUCAUUUCAAUCAUGAUCAAGGUGUCUUACAUCUUUAGGUUGAGAAGUGAACGGAACAUAUAGCAUCAAUAAGCAAAUUAGAUAAAUUAAAGAAUCGGUAAAAUGGAGGAACAAAAAAGAAAAUCAGUGAUGGUAGAUUAUAGGUAGAAAUUUGCCAUAAAACUGUUUGCUACAUUUUUAUUCGAACAAUUAGAGAAGGCAUCUAGAUUCUUUUCUCCUUUAUUGAAUGUAUAUAGUACAGACGGAUUCUACUCCAUAAAUCUAUUGGCAAAUUCGAUACGAACAAGGACAGAAUGGUUACAUUUUUUUUUUCCUAGCAGGGGGGAAGGGGCAGCAAUGUAUUCAACAUUCCACGCACUGAAUUCACAGGUACCUGUGAUUGUUGGACUCGAAAUAAUAAGUUAGGAUACUUGCGCACGUUGAUAAAUACGACCGUGAAAUAUAUACCUCGAAAAGUCGUAUCUUUUAUAAAGUAAAAACUUGUUAAACCGGUUUUCUUUCGCAAGUUCCACAAUCAGUGCAAAUUGCCGACUUACAUCAUGAAUUUAGAUUUAUAGUAAAGAGUAAUUUGGUAAAUGGAUUCACGUUUGGCACAAAAUUCUUUCACUGUCAAUAUUUAUUAACGUUCGUAGCAGGCGAUUAGGCGGCCUCUUUCAAAAGCUAUUGUACAUAUGACGAAGGUGCGAAUAUGUGUUUUGAUUUUUAGAGAAAUAAUAUUAGCAUUUUGUAAGAUAAGAAUCAUUGAAUAAUUUCAAAUUAUUCUUAUUCAUCAUAGUAAAUAUGUGAAUAGAGUAUUAGAUUGAGGUGGAAAUUGAAUACAAGCACAUAUCUGGUAUUCCGGAUCUAGUACUUACAGAAAUUUGCCUGUUGGAACACAUUAUGAAACAAAGUCCGUGGCUUUAUACGGCUAAGUUCAGUAUUUCAUGGGACACCUAAUUCCCUAAUUUGACGUAACAAAAGAUAACAAAAAUAUGUAAAUUAGAAGAACUUGUGCGGCACCACCUCUUAUAUUCGGAUUAUGAUUUUUUUUACACAGAAUUCUGAUUCGAUGGGCAGCUCAAAAAGUGAAUAAUUUUAUUUUUGAAAAUACCAGCGACCAUGAAAUACUAUAGAAUAGUAUUUUUAUAUAGAUAAUUAUUGAUAGAUAUUAAAACAAUUUCCCUAUUUAUAUGG